GUGUGCUUGGAGAAGAUGGAAGAUAUCCAGUUGGCCAUGGUAGUAGCCAGGCUGUACGAGGCUGACUAUGAGAGCAGUUCCACCUGCCAAUCCAUCCUGUAUGAGAAGGUUUUGGGCUGCCAGAGGGACGGGUCAGGGUACCACUGCACCAAACUACACCCGGACCCAUUCCUACGCAGCAUAGCCUUCUGGAUCAUGAAGGACUACACCAAGGCCCUGGACACACUGCUAGAGUGCAUCCCCAAAGAGGAUGAUGAGAACCCAGAUGUGAUGGUGAAGUCGUGUAACCCAGUGGUAUUUAGUUUCUAUAACUACCUGAGGACACACCCCUUGAUCAUCCGCCGCCACUACGCGUCCCCUGAGGGUGCUGUGACAUCAUCACUAGGCCUCACCUCGGAGAAGAGCAGCGUCGACGAGAUCAACCUCAUCGAACGCAAACUCUUCUUCACCACCGCCAACGCACACUUCAAGGUGGGCUGUCCAGUGCUUGCCCUGGAGGUGCUCUCUAAGAUCCCCAAGGUGACCAAGAAGUCAGUCUCCUCGUCCCCCCUAAAUAAAGGCUCUUCCAUGGCCAACGUCAGCUCUAGCCAGCCCCUGGAGAAUGGGAACCAGGGGGCCCUGGACUGGGCCUCUCCUUCCCCAGUUAAAGCCAAUCCUGCCUGGGAUACAGAGGAGAGCUCAGCCACACUGGACUGGAGCCAGCCUCUGGUCAAAGUGGAGGACGAUGGACUCCAGCUGGACUGGGGAGAUGAUAAGAACGAUGAAGAUGAUACUGAUGGGGGUCUGACAAUGAAGAAGACUGAUGUGGAGACCAAAGCUGACGAGGGGUCUGGGGGGGUGAGACCACCUGGGCUGCAGAAAGAGGACUCUCAGGGUGAGUCUGAGGUGGACGUGAUCGCAGAGCAGCUGAAGUUCAGAGCGUGUCUGAAGAUACUGAUGACAGAGCUCAGGACGUUAGCUACGGGCUAUGAGGUGGACGGAGGGAAGCUGCGCUUUCAGCUUUACAGCUGGUUAGAGAAGGAGAUAGGGGCCAUGCACCGCAUCUGCAACUACAAGGUGACGGGGAAGGAGGAGAGCCAGGAGCUGGAGAGAUGGGAGGAUGGAGGAGGAGUAGAGGACGUGUUUGAGGAGUCCCUGGGGUGGCGGGGGUACGGAGGCGGGGGCGUAUGA